CUUUAGUCGUCUUUUAAUGACAAACCCCAAAGCACACUCUUUUGGUCUUUAACAUUUGUUCCCCCUUUCUAAAAUCACAAUGACGGUUGUGCAAAAUUUUACCAGCGAUGACGAGACGGUAGAUCAAGUCGGAACCCCUAUUUCAGAAGAAACGAUUGAAAACACCGGUGUACAAGAACAACCACUACGAGGUGAUGAGCACGAUGGCGGAUACGGCUGGGUAUGCGUUGUGUGCCAACUGAUGAUUACAGCGAGCACGUGGGGAGUCAACGGUGCUUUCGGCGUAUAUCUCACUCACUACAUCUCGACAAACGCCUUCCCAGGGACAUCAGAAAUCGCCUACUCCUUCAUCGGCGGUCUCUCCCAGUCUCAGAUCCUCCUCAUCGCUCCUCUCGUCACACACGCCACCAGAAGGUUUGGAACCAAGCCUCCCCUACUUAUGGGUGCCAUCAUGGAGGCAGGCGCUCUGAUCGGAGCAAGCUUCGCUACGCAGUCAUGGCACCUCUUUCUCUCUCAGGGGUUGCUGUUUGGCUGGGGCUGUUCAUUCUUGUACAUCGGUACCAUUGGCAUUAUCCCCCAGUGGUUUCACCGGAGAAAGGGCAUUGCAAACGGAAUUGCUGCUGCAGGAAGCGGUAUUGGAGGUCUCAUCUACAGCUUGUCCACGGAAGCCAUGAUUUCCAACAUUAGUGUCGCCUGGGCAUUUCGCAUCACAGCCAUCUGCACCGCUGCAGUCAACGUCAUUUGCAUUAUCCUGAUCAAGGACAGGAAUAAGCACAUUCAACCUACUCAGCGCGCGUUUGAUUUUGCCCUUUUCAAACGGUCUGAGCUUCUCCUCAUUUCGACGUGGAUGUUCCUCAGCAUUAUUGGAUACACAUGCGUUUUAUUCUCGCUUCCAGACAAUGCUGUUCGAAUUGGCCUUACUGCUCACCAAGGCUCUAUCCUGGGAGCUCUGGCUAACCUUGGAAUGGCCAUUGGUAGACCCAUUGUGGGCUACUUCAGUGACCGUGUGGGAAGAUUAAACAUGGUGAUAGGGGCAACAACCUUGGCAGGAAUAUGGUGCUUAUGCCUCUGGACAUCUGGCACGUCGUAUUCGAUCCUGCUUGCAUUUUCCAUUAUUGGAGGUACAACAAUUGGCACAUGUUGGGCUAUGGUUGGACCUAUGCUAGCUGAUGCCUUUGGAAUGAAGCUUCUCCCUUCUGCACUAUCAAUAGUUUGGACGAUUUCCGCCGUUCCAUCAGCCUUUGCCGAGGCCAUGGCCCUAGGACUCCGACGAUCGCACUCCCCAGUCUACCUAGAUGUCCAGAUCUUCUCCGGCUGCAUGUUUAUUGGAGCAGCAUUAUUUUUACUGCCGAUGAGAUUCAAAAAGAGGAUCGAAAGUGUGAUGGCAUCGGAGAAGCAAUAAGACAACCACGACUUAUACACGACUUAUACCCGACCAUUGCUGAGACCGAACAUCGAUUCAGAGUUGGCUAUUUACAGCGCUACUAGAAGAUAAUACACGACAUAGACCAAUAUGACAGAAGACGAAAAGAUAUAGAGACAUAUACAAUGGAAAAAUUGGAGGAAUUGAAGAGAAGGCCCCCUUGGUAAUUUUUGAAUACAUGUAUUACGGGGACAUUGAUUUGAGAUGAAAAGGAAGCACCAAUAGAGGCGUCAAAUUUAAUGACAGUCAUAGUUAAUAUAGAUGUAUAUAAAGUACUACACAACAUUCAUUCGGUAACUCAUAACCUGAG